CAUUGUCUGCAACAGUUACAACACAGUCCUUGCAUGUCCCUGAGUUAAAGAAGUAUACUUUUAUUUUAUCAUUGGAUCUUUUGUGUACAAUUGAACAAUUCAGCGUGUUCUGACCAGCUACAAAAACAAGGUCCAAGCUUGUCAAAUUGUUAGAACAUAUUGUUACCAAUUGUUAGACACAACAUAAAUGCUAGUAGUGGACAAACUUGUACUUUUAAUAUUUAAUAUUGACUUUGUUUAGUGAAGUGCUGUUUACUGCUCUUUACAGAACAUUUUUAAUGUAGAAAAUGUUUUAUCGCAUUACUUAUGAAGGCAUAUUUGCUCUACAGCAUCUAGUGCUGUACACACACUCUAAUGCACUUGCUGUAUAGAUAUUCAUUGCACUGCAUAUACUUUUAUGUAAUUAGUAAUUGUGAUUCAUAAAAUAUACUACGGAUAAUGACUCUUUUUUUUAUUUCAUAAAGCUAUAGUUUUAUAUUAAACAAUUGUUCCUCUAAAAUAAAUUCAGUCUAUUUAAACGUCUUGACGAUUAUUAACCUGAAAAGGAAUGCAGUACAGACGCGAGUGUGUGUCGCACGUGAACUCGCUGGCGUCUUUGUAACCAUGGAAAACGAAAGUUAGCGUUUGGGUAUCAUAGCAACCGCCCGGGAGCGUCCUGUUUCUAUGUCAACCGAGGAGCUCCUCCUCGACUUCUGCUGUGAUUGUAGUUGCUUCCGAAAGAUUAAAAAAAAAACUUAUCGUCGUCAACUUUUAUUGCAUUUGAAUGAUACGGUUUAUUUCGUACUUGUGUUGGAUUGUCUAGCCACGUUUAACUGCAGAUCCAGAGUUAUUCGUGCUUUUAAAGAAAAAAAAUUUCUUCAUUAGUUUAACUUCAUCCAAAGGUCAUUUUCCACAUGAAUUGUGAAGGGGAGUCUCCGGCCGGACUAGCGGCUGUUAUUCAGAAACUAGAGGAAUCCCUGCUCAACCCAGAUAGCAGCAUAGAGGAGAAAGCCCUCACUGUACAGAGUGAUGAUGUGGAUUCCUUUAACACACCAGUUCCUGCCCUCAUACGGCAGAUCAUUACCCGGAACCUUGCUGAAGGGCCUUCAGGUGCUGCUGUUGGUGAGAUCAGUGUACAGGAAGAGAAUCGGCGUCUUAAGGAUCUGCUUUCACAGGCCCGUAUGGACAAAGACCAGCUGCUCAUCAAGCAGGCUGCUUUAACCAGCAGGCUGGAGCAGAUGUUGACUUUGCAGUUGGGAGAAUCAGACCAUGAAAAUGUCUAUGGAGCAGAGCACCAGAGGUUUCGGGAGGAGAGCCGAGCAUACAGGUUCAAACUGCAGGCCUACCAGGACAGCCAGCAGAAACAGGCCCAGCUGGUCCAUAAACUUCAGGCCAAGGUGCUUCAGUAUAAAAAGAGAUCUGGAGAUCUGGAGCAGCAGGUGCUGGAGAAAACGUCCGAGUUGGAAAAGCUGCGUCUCUCGCUGCAGUGUCACUUGGACUCCUCAGCCCAGCAGCUCCAGCGCUCAGAGCAGGAGCACAGCCUAGAAACGCAGAGCAAACUUACUCUGCUUGAGGAGGAGCGGCAAAGAUGCUCCAGUCUGACCAAGGUGAACGCCCUGCUCCGUGAACAACUGGACCAAGCCAAUGAAGCCAACCAAGCCCUUACAGAGAGCUUCCAUAAAGCCAGUGGAGAGGCUAAGCAGAGAGAAAUGCAACUAAAAAGGGAACAGGAGGUGACUGCUUCCCGGCUGAGUCGUGAGCAGGCACGUGGUCGAGUUCUCUGGCGCCAGGCUGCUUCAUUGAGGAGCACCUUUACCCAGCUCAGGGCUUUUGCUGACAGGAGUCUUUCUGAUAUGCGUGGGGAGUAUGCAUCAAUGAGUCGGAGACUGCAUGCGGCCUGCAUGAGUCUAGAGGCUGUUGAAAGUGAGAAGAAUGCCUCUACCGGCCUGGAGGUCUCAGCCCUGGAGAGGCAGCUGAAAGAUAAACUGAGAGAAGCCAUGCAGCUCCAGGCCCACUUCAAUAUUGAGAAAAUGGAGUUCAACUCCAGGAUCCAGGGACUGGAGGACACAGUGAAGCAUCUAAAAGUUCAAAACAGUGAGAAAGAGAGCAGCCUGGCAUCAUUGCAAUCCAGGCUGGACAAGACGGAACUGAGUCGGGCCGAGGUCACAGCUGAGACGAACACCUUACGCAGUGAGGUUGCCAGUCUACAGCAGAUCCUCUACAGCAUCCAUCAGGCUGUAGAUGAGGACAUGGACAGCAGCAGCUCAGACAGUCCAGGAGAAGAGAUUAUUUCCAUUUCCCCUAUCCAUCCCUCCUCUCCUCAGCGUGAUAGUACUCUGAAAGCUGUACGAAUGGCUUUGUCCAAAUGGCAAAUACAAACUCAGGAAUUACAGGAACGUCUGGAAGCUGCACUGGAGCAGGCUACGACCCUGCAUGAUCAGCUGCAGGAUAAAGAGUUUGAGCGGAGGCAGCUGGAGCAAAGAAUCCAACAACUGGAACAGGAGAACCAUCGUGCUGAGAGGGCUGGGGAGGAUUGCAACAGGGAUGCCCAAAGAUAUCGCAACUCAAUGUGCAUUAUCUCCAGUGAGAGGGAUGACUUGGAGAAGCAGCUCUCUACUCUGCAGCACCAGUUGAACUCUGAUCAGGCAGAGUUGGAGCGUUUAAGGAGCUCUUCUGUAGAUAACCAGAGGCAGAGAGAGCUCUUCCGGCAGCAGAGGGAGGACCUGGAGAGGCAGCUGGCUCGUUCACAUGCUGAAGCUGAGAGGAGUCAGCGGACUAUCGAACAGCUGGAGGCCAAGCACUCGGAUAUGCGUAAAGAGCUGGUGACUGUAAAAGAAGCUCUGAGUCAGCUCACACUACAGAAAGAAGUACUGGAAGAUGAGAAGGGGAGCCUUGUACAGGCUCUGUCUAAGGCAGAGGCCCAGAAUGCCGAGCAGGAGUUGACGCUUACCAAACUGCAGAGCGAAGCAGCAACACUCAGAGACUCCUUAGCCAAGAUGGGUGCCCUGAGUGAAGGCCUGGCCAAAGACAAGGUGGAGCUGAACCGCCUACUGCUACAGGUGGAGGCUGACAAGGCAGAGCUAAGUGAACGGAAAAGGGAGCUGGAGAUUGAGCGGACAACAGCCAGGGAGGAACUGGUGCACGUGCAGCAGGAGCUGCUGGACGUAACGGCCGAGAAGCGAGCUCUGCAGGCCACACACGUUCACCUCCAAGAGGCACGAGGAUGUUUGGAUGCAGAGCUGAGUGCACUGCAGAGGGAGAGGACCUUAACGCUGGAGCAGCUUGUCCAGGCCACUAAGCAGAAGCAGGCAGCAUUGGAGCAGCUGAGUGUGUAUCAAAAAGAAGCUGAACUCCAGACUGCCUCACUGCAGAGGAUGGGGAGAGAGAGAGAGGAGCUGGCAAAAGACAAGGCCACGCUGACUGUCCAGCUCACCACAGAACAGAGAAAAGCCAAGGCGCUCACCCAGGAGCUGGCUUCUCUUCGAGUGGAGACAGAGUCUCUGGAGUCAGCUCUGUUUGAUGGACAGGAGCUGAUCUCGUCUCUGGAGGAUGAACAGGCUCGGUUAGAGGGGGAAAGAGGCAGUCUCCAGCAGGCUAAUGAGGCUCUGACAUGUGAGGUGUCUCAUGUCCAAAGUGAAUUAGAAAAGCAAGUGUCCCAGGCUCUUCAGGAGAGACAGGCAUUGGAACUGAAGCUAGCCCAGGCUGAGAGAAAUGCCCAGCGAAGCCUCGCUGCAUCUCAACACAUGCAUCAGGAACAACUGGAAGCUGAGCAGAAGGAGAAGGAAUGUAUACGAAUGACCUUGACUGCACAGAAGGAGCAGGCUGAGGAGCAGCUGCGCGCAGAGUAUGAGGAUCUUCGUCUGCGCAGUCGCAGAGAACUGCAGCAGCUGCAGGAGCAGCUGGCCAAACUGCAGCAGCACUGCACAGACAGCCUGUUACAGGCCGAAUGCCACAAACAACAGGCACUGUCUGAGAAAGAGGCAGAAAAGGCAGCUCUGGCUGAACGUAUUCUCAUGCUGCAGCAGGACCUUGAAGCGGGUGCAUUGGAGAUGGAGCGCAUGCACCGGGACUUUCUAAGCAAACAGGAACAGGAUAAGGAUACAAUGGAAAGUCUGCAGAGCGAGCUGCAGCAGCUUCGCUCGCGUUUUGAAGAGUCUCUCAGGUCUCGAGAGAUCUCAGAGAAGAGACUGAACGAGCAGAUCAGAGAAGUAUCUCUGCACAGGCAUGAGGCUCAGCAGGAGGUGGAGCGAUUGCGGAGGGAACUGGUUGAGGCAGAGGAAAGCCGAGAUGCCGGAAGGAGGGAGCUGAUUGAGGCUCAUCGGCAGCUUCGUGAGUGUGUUCAGGAAAGAGAUGCCCAGCGUAGAGAAAGUCUGGAGCUAAAAAGAGCUCUGGGAGAUGAGGGCCGAGAGAGGGAGGCCAUCCACACCUCCAACCAGGAACUCCGAGCUGCUGUCAAAAGAGCUGAGAGUGACAAUAACAGUCUGAAGAGAUCUCUGGAGGAGAGGGAGCAGAAACUGGCAGUUCUUGAGGAGUGUAAGUCCUCCCUUCAGCAGGAGGCAUUGAAACUGAGGUCCAGUCUGCGUGAUCUUGAGAAAUCUCACCUGCAUGCGCGCCGUGAACUGCAAGAAUUACGCCGCAAGGUAAAGACUCUAGAGGCAGACUGUACCCAGCGGAGUAAAGAGCUGAGAGAAGUUCAGGCUCGUCUAACUCAGGAGGAGCAGAAAGAGGAGGAAAGCAGAAGAGACAACUUUGCCCUCAAACAGAGAGUCUUGGAGAGCGAUGCUGGAAGAGAGGCAGCACUGAAGGAGGUGUCAGGCCUGCAGCGGCGUGUGUCUGAGCUGGAGGAGGCACAGAGUGUCGAAAGGGAUAGCCAACGUCAGCGGGAUCUCAGCAUUCAACACAGCCAGCAGAGCCAGCAGGAAAAGAUCACCCGCAUAGAGGGGGCUCUACAGGAGGCCCAGGUGCAGCUUAGGGAUCUGACUGUGGAGUUGAGCCUAGCACAGGGACGAGUUCACGGUCUGGAGGAGCAGCUGGCAAAGACUGAUGCUACACGCACUGAUCUAGAGCGCAAGCUGAGCGGUCUAACAUCUGCCCUUCGACGCACUCUGGGCAUCGGCCACAGGGUGAGGUCACCCACCCCAAGACCAAGAGGGAGGAACCCAUCACCGUGGAGAGCUCACUCUCCUUCCAAAGGAGGUGAUCCUGUGUCCAGCUCUUCUCCAACUCGUUCCGUUGGAGAAGAUGGAGAGCUGGAUCUGGAUUCUGUUCAAGUGGCACUGCGCAGCUUCCAGCAGGAGCUCAGGGACUCCCAGAGAGAGAGGGACGAGGCCCAGUCUCAGGUGCUGAAUCUGAGCAGGCAAGUGACAGAUCUACAGGCUAGUCAGGAGAAGAGCAAUGCACAAGUCCAGCAGAUGAAGCAUACACUAAGAGAGCUGGAGCAGGGGAAACAUGAUUUGGCAGAACGUUUAGAGCUAGCUCAGGCCUCAGUCGCACUACAGGAGGAUGCAGUGCAGUGUGGAGACAGAGAGAGGAGGAUCAUGGGAGAGGAGCUGUCCAGGCUGAAGAGUAGCCUGCAAUCAGCUGAAGCAAGAACCAGAGCUUUACAGGAGAAGCUGGAGCGGGCCGAGGCGUCUGAGGCAAGUCUGGUUGAGGAGUGCAGGAAGCUAAAUGAGGCGUGUAAGACCACAGAGGAACGAGUGUCCAAGUUUGAGAUCAACCAUCGUGCUAUAGAAGGUGAGCUACAACGCUCACGGCUCCACACUGGAGAGCUGGAAGCCGAGCGAGCAGCUCUUCUGGAGAGAGUGUCCAGUCUACGGAGGGAACUAGGGGAGAGUGAGCAGCGCACAGCUCUACUCAAGGUGGAGAGUGAGAGAGCAGCGAUGGCUCUUGCUCGUGCUGAACUUCAGGAGACUCAGUUGCAUGAGAAGCUGCAGAACCUGACAGCAGCUCUGAGUGAGAGUAACAGCAGCACAGGAGCUGCACAAGAGCAGGCCGCUCAGCUUCAGAGCGCUCUCUCUGCAAGCGAGCAUGAUCGUAGGACACUACAGGAGCAGCUGGACAAGGCACGAGACGUUCUUUUAAACUCUAAGAAGCAGAAUCACGUCCUGAACGACAAGCUGCAGAACCUGCUGAGGAAUCAGGAUGAAUUUGAGCUCAGAAUCACAGAACUGGACAAACACAUACGCAGCCUGCAGGAGGCCCUGCGGCAGAAGGAACAGGAGAUACAGGAGGCCCAGAAUGGUUGUGCAUUUCUGCGGAGGGAGAAAGGAGAGCUAGAGGAGAGUGUGAACUUGCUACAUGGCUCGCUUCAGGGCCUGCAGGAGGACAAGACACAGCUAGAGAAGACGCUCGUUCGCCUUGGCAAAGACAAGUCCUCCCUGAAACGCACACUCGAGAAGGUGGAGCAGGAGCGACGGAGGCGGGAAGAGCAGGCGGUGUGUGUUGGUCAUCAGAAGGAGCAGCUGGAGCAGACAGUGUGCAGUCUGGAACGGGAACUGCAUGAGACACAAGCAGAAACCAACACUCUGAAGUCUCAGCUUUCCCAUAUGGAGCAGGCUCAUGUGCAGCGACUCCUGGAGGUAACAACUCACCACAGACAGGAACUAGAGCUGGAGACAGGGCGUCUGCGUGGUGCCCAACAGCAGGCAGAGCGAGCACUGGAAGCUCGAGAGAAAGCUCAUCGCCAGAGAGUCCGUUGCCUUGAGGAGCAGGUGUCCACACUGAAGGAGCAGCUGGAACAGGAGAUGCGCAGGAGACAGACCUACAUGAGCCAAAUGUUGAAGCCUGGGUCCUAAACGUGUGUGUGUGUGUGUGUGUGUGUGUGUGUGUGUGUGUGUGUGUGUGUGUGUGUGUGUGUGUGUGUGUGUGUGUGUGUGUGUGUGUGUGUGAAGCUCAUGUGUCUUCACACACUCUCUCUGCCGUCUCAUUAUGGAGUUGGGCCAGCAUGGCUCACAGUGGCUAUUCAGACGGAUGUCCACAUAAUAAGAGGUUUUAACUGACACACGCGAACACCAAGCCCCCCACCCCGACAUACACACACACCACACACACACUCUCUUACUCAAAGAACAAGAAAUCACUCGCAGGACUGUUGGACUACAUGAGCACAAAUCCCCUCAGUAAUCCUGAUUGACAUGGUAAAAAAACCCAACAACAACAAACAAAGAGAUCACUGUUUCCCCAAAACGCUCGGCAAGUGCCAAAUUGUUUUAAGGAUUUGCUCGGCAUGCGGCUGAGUGUGCCCUGUGUGUCCUUGUUGGCCUGAUGAUGAUCGCUACAAUGUGAGGAUGUCAACCGCUGGGUUACCUUUUACACACGCACACACACACACGCACACACACACACACACACACACACACACACACACACACACACACACACACACACACACACACACACACACACACACACACACACACACACACACACACACACACACACACUCGUAAGCACUCACGUUUUUCUUACUAUCCUUGUAAGAAUCUUCCAGUGAAGAUUAAUAUAGAUCAUUUGUGUAAUCCCUGCAUCUACAUCUAACCUUAAUCUCCAUAAACAAAUUUUUUUUAUUAAAAGCUACAUUUUCUCAUAUUUUUCCUCAAUUUUUCCCAAAAGUUCAAAAUAAUCCCCACCAAGAUAUAAAAAACAUACCUCACACACACACACACACACACACACACACACACACACACACACACACACACACACACACACACACACACACACACACACACACACACA